AUAACGUGACGGGAUCCAGCUGAAGCCAAAAGCGAGCAGCAGAGCAUCAGUGAACUUGUGAGCAGGCUGUGAUGCACACGGGUGACGCCGCGCUGCUGUAGUCGCAUAACCACAGACUGGCGUGGGAUCGGUCCCUGCUGCGCCUCAUCUGGAAUAACGCCGGCAAAAUCCACAAUUUUCAUUAGCUGGUGUUUGUCAUUUAAGGAGGCGAGAGUGUCGACCACAAUUUCCCUUCUGGCAGACGUUUCCAGCGGAAAGGGGGGGGGUUUCUGUACUUUUGCAGAAGCCGGAGCAGAUUUAUUCCCAGAGAGAAUCACCCAAUAUUGGCUGCAUUAAGGAACCAUGGGAAAGCAGAAUAGCAAGCUGACUCCCGAGGUGAUGGAGGAUCUGGUGAAGAACACAGAGUUUAAUGAACACGAGCUGAAGCAGUGGUACAAAGGCUUCCUGAAGGACUGCCCCACCGGCAGGCUGAAUCUGGACGAGUUCCAGCAGCUCUAUGUCAAGUUCUUCCCUUAUGGCGAUGCAUCAAAGUUCGCACAACACGCCUUCAGAACCUUUGAUAAAAAUGGAGACGGAACCAUCGACUUCCGAGAGUUCAUCUGCGCUCUGUCCAUCACAUCCCGCGGCAGCUUUGAGCAGAAACUCAACUGGGCCUUCAACAUGUAUGACCUGGACGGUGACGGCAAAAUCACCAGAGUGGAGAUGCUGGAGAUAAUCGAGGCUAUUUACAAAAUGGUGGGCACUGUGAUCAUGAUGAAGAUGAACGAGGAUGGUUUGACACCACAGCAGAGGGUGGACAAGAUCUUCGGCAAAAUGGAUAAGAACAACGACGACCAGAUCUCGUUGGACGAGUUCAAAGAGGCGGCAAAGAGCGACCCGUCCAUCGUGCUCCUGCUGCAGUGUGACAUGCAGAAGUGAGCCCUCUCCCCGUCGGUAGCCCACACGCUCCGGACAGCAGCACAUGUUUUAAUGUCUCAUUAGGUUCUCUGCCAUUUCCACAGGAAAAACAAAACAAAAAAAAACCUAACAACAAUGCUUGGACGAUUUUUCAAUGAACUCGCUUCUUGUGGUUGUAUGCAUGAGAAUGUCAAAUGCUGAAUAAUUUUGAACAUAGCUAUAAGAUAUCAUACAUUUCUAUUUCAAAACAUGCCAAUGUGAUUUGUGCAUAGUAACCCUAUACGUUCUCAUUUAACCGUAGCUUGUAAAUCAGUGAAGCACUGCAUUCAAUUACGUUCCUGCAUUUAGGAUCCCCCAGUGUUCACUGCUGCUACUACUGUACGCUUUACAUAAUAGUAACAAAACAACUCCUAUGAUAAUUGUAACUGUCUCUACUAUCCAGACUUGUUGAGCUCUUGGAGAAUAGAGAGGCUCCUGUUCAUUCCAGAUGUGUUGGAACCAAGAAGAGUAGGUUCUUUGCAUGCAUAUAUUACUUGUCAGAAAAAUAUAAUCUCUUACCUUUUGCAUCUUUAGGUGGUUAUAAAAGAGAAACCCUAUGGAUUCAUUUAGUAUUGUUGCAUGGGAUGUACAGUGUGUGACCCAUUGGACCAUUAGUUCAACUCCAGUAAUGUGGGAGCAUGAUUCCUUCCAAUUGAGACACAUUUUUGUGUGAAACUUUUUUUUUAAGAUAUUUGGAUUGCAGUUGUGGGCUGAUCUCCGAGGAAGAGCAAUUAGCAUCGUAUUAUGUUUUGCUUCAGUGACUUCUGGGAUGAGCAGAAAUACAUCUAAGGAGCAGCUUUAUUUUUAUUAUUCUAUUGUACUGCUGCCGCUUAUUCUAGAGAAAAUAACAAAAUUAUAGCCUUCUUUAGGCACAGUACUCAUGCAUUAUUCCCUAAAAAGAUCAAAAUUGACUUCUCAUUCAGGCUACGCAUUUGAUUUAGGCUAAAAAAAAACUAAACUCAGUACAUAUCAACAUGUUUACAGUAAGAAAGGACCGUGCAAAAUGAGUACAGGUCUUGUUGCUAGGAGCUCUCUCUGGGCCUGGGACCCUGUGAGAGGGGCUCUACCUCCAAUGCAGCAAAAAAUAGGAAAAGGGAGGAAAAAAGUCUCUCAUAUGUUUACUGGACACACUGCAUUCCUACUUAUACAACUUUUUUGUAAGGAGAAACUUUUUAUUGAAAAGUCUCAUCUUCUAUUCCGUUUGCAACACCAUUAAAGAUGCAGGACCCUCAAGAGAGGCGCUUGAUGCAGCUUUUGAAAGAGCGUUUCAGGGUAACUCGGCAACCGGAUGACGAUGUUGGUUCACGUUAUUGCAGAAAUUCUCUUUCAACAGUUUUACUUCAACAUUUCUAGGCUAUGCAAGCGUGGACCAAGUGUCUGCUUGUAGUCCACUUACAGUUGUGCAGGUUGCAGAAGCUUUUCACUGUUCUGUCUCUAACAUAACUGAAACACUCACGUUAUUAAAGUCUAUAUUAUUUAUACAUUUCA